GCCCACGGGCCUGCAUUGGUCGGACAGCACGUGCGGGCCACCUGCACCUGGCCGGUGGGGUGACCUCUUAUAAAAGGCCCAGGCGCACCCCCCUGCCAGUCAGAGACCGGCUUGCAGCCGAACCGUUUUCAGAGUUACGAGAUCGUAGGUUCCCCCAGACCCGCACUACCGACGUUUCGACGCGAGAGUCCCCCUGUUUCCGUUCCUUUAACCCCGGGUCCCGGUCGAACAGUCAGUUCAGUUCAGAUCCGACCAGCGUGCCGUGAGGAUCGAUAUUCUUUCCGAGGAUCGGUCGAAGUGCCUCGCAAAUCAUCGUGAACGAUUACAGUGGAUUUUCAACGUGGAAAAGCACAGUACCUUUUGACAAUUGUUUUUGCUCCCGUACAUAUGUGUGACGCCAGUGCAGUGAAGCCAUUGGAUUACUUUUGACAAUCGAAUUCUUUCGUCUUCCUUUCCUCCGCCACGCGGAUCGCCGAUCGCGAUUUGUGGUCAGUGAGUGGAGGGAACUCUAACGGACAGACUGUCGACGCGAAGCCGCAACAAUUGGAUUAACAACCGCGGCAGCGCCUUCGCAGUGUACAGUGCCUGCGAAGAGCCGACACUGAUCCGACGAAGUGCCAACGUUCACGGGAGUUACCGCCGCCAACAUGCUCGUCGACGAGAUGCCGCGCAGUUUCGUCAAGAAGAACAACAGCUACAGCCACUGCCCGCUGAAAAAGCGGCCGGUGCACGUACUGCCCACCGAAGAAGUUCCUGAAGUAAUUAAAGAAGAAAUCAUCGACGUCGUAAUGGACGACAUCCCCGAGCCAGAGAACCUCAGCACAAAGCCCGAGGAUCUGAGCCGAACGGCGGAACGGCAGCAGCAACAGCCGGCGUCCAGAUCGCCGUCACCGGUCAUCAAAGUCUCUCAGUCGCCGCCGUUGGCGACGAGACCGACGUCACCCACGAUGCACCACGUUCACCCGGUGCAUCAUCUCCACCAUCAUUAUCCGACGAAAGCAAUCACGCCGCCGGUAGGGAUCGCGCCGAUCCACCCGGUGGCGAAAAAGGCGCGAGUGGAAGUGAUCCAGCACGACAACUCGACGUCGACGUCGACGGCCGCGGUGGCGGCCACGUCGGCGCCCUUGCACUUCAUGGCGGGCAAAGCACCGCUCGAA